CAGAGAGGCCUCCAAGUAGGCCUCCCUGAAGCCUGAACUCAGCAGGCCCCAAGGGAGGCAGGAAGCCAGGAAGGAAGCUGGCAGAGCUCCCUGCAGCAGACCCUCUGCCCAGACCAUCCAGUACAGCCUUUGCCAGGAUGGUGAUCUGCUGAAAUGCGAUUCCCAGAAUCAGCUGAAAUAAACAUGGCUUUAGAAACUUACUGUAUAUUGCAAGGAGAAGGAGAAGGAGGAGAAGGAGAAGAAGAAGGAGGAGAAACUAUUCAGCAUGCAGAUAAAAACUCCUAGAAGUCUGAAGGGGAGGAAAAGUUGUCAGGGGCUGGAAGACAACAGAGGCUAUACGAGGGUUUAGGGUCUGAAAAAGAGAAAAACAUCCCCGUAAAGCUGAGAGGGGAGAGAGAGAGAGAAACAGAAACCAACAGUAAGGAAAGAGGCUGCAACAAAACAAGGUUUUUCUAGAAAGAUAACAAGGGCAGCCAAUGGCCUAAAAAUUUUCCUGCAGCUGGGGUGAAGCAGAUUUGCCCACGGACAACUUCCAAGAACAAGAAAAGAUGAGCACAAAAGACACCACAUAUAAGACUUCUCCAGCCACCAGUAUGCUUGCAUUUCUCAAUGCUACCACAGAACUGGUCCCACUGAGCUCUGAUCCGUCUGUGGAGAAGCCUGACUCUUUGCCUAUAAUCAUUGCUCUCAUCUGUAUCUUCCUUCUCCUGGCUACCUGCCUCAUCUUUGUUACUCUCUGCAAGCCAGUCGCUCUACAUCAGUCUUUCUAUGGGCCGCAUGAGUGCAUGCCUUAUCAUUCAGAAGAUGCCAGUGAGCCACAGCUCAGGCUCUGGAAACGUCUGGGUUCGCUAAGGCAUUCGAUACGUAGUGUCAAGCGCUGCCGCCCCAUUUCUCAAGCCCAUGAAACUUGUUCGAGAAAAACACCUGUCAGCCUGGAUUGGAGCAUCAUGGAGUCCACCAAGAUGUGAUUCGGCCAAAUGUCCAGUGAGUCUUCUGCAGAAAAUGCCUCGUCUCAAUUGCAUUUCACAAACUGUUCAAUUGACUUGUAGAGAAUCACAGAAUGGCUGAGAUUGAGGGACUCAAAAACCAUAGUGGUAAUUAUAGUCCUGACUAUGAAAAUGGGGGGCAGAAGGGUAAUCUGCAGUGCCUGUUUGAUAUAUUGAAACUAUAUUGUACCAAUGAAGACUUCUUUUUAAGGAACUAUGUAUUUUCCAUAGUCAGAAAUAGGGAAUUGUAUGUACAGACAGUUAGGUCCCUAAAUAUUCCUGGCUUCAUUUGCACCUGUGGUCGUCUGCCCUAAAACUCUUAAACCUAGGAGAACAGAAGUUUUUACCAAAGACACGAGAAAGAUGCACAGCUCAUUUGUCCAAUGAAUGCCAGUGAAUAAAAUGCCCUUGAGAUGUGGGACAAUAUUCAUUUUGAUGCCAUAACAUUAGCUAAAACUGGCUAGAUGAGACUGAGGUCCUUUUGCACAACCACGUCUGAGAGCCAUCCUAUGAAAUCACCUUGGGAAGCUAUUCACAUAAAUGUGCAAACCGGGCUAAGGAAGCCCAGCCCAAUUGGCUCCAAUCCCGGCCGCACUGAACCACCCUCCGAAACAAGGUUAGGAGAGCAAGUACUCUCCUAACCCUGUUUUGCUGAUUGUCUGCCAGCCGCAGCUUCUUGCAGCCACAGCUGACAGACGGAGGUGAUCGAGGGGAGGGGAGGGGAGGAUUCCCAUAAUGCACUGUGCACAGUUCCCUUCAGCCUCAGUUCAUUCUCGCCCCCCUCCCUUCAGCCCCAGUUCGUUCUCCUCCCACUCCCUUCAGCCCCAGUUCAUCUCCCCUGACAGCUGGCCUGUCUGCCACUUCCUCUCGCCACCCGGUGGCCAGCUGGCCUGGCUGCCACUUUCUCUACCUGGCUGCUCACCUUCCCCUUCUCCUCCCCUCACUCGUGAAAUCUCAUGAGAGCUGCCACACAUGGGAUUAAUGACAGCUGACAGGUACACCUUAGAGGAGAUAUUGGGGCAGAACUUAUUAAUUCCUUAUGGAUGCACCCAUUCCUUAUGAAUGCAACGGAUCAUGAUCCAGAUAAACAGGUUGCUCACCUGUAACAGAUGAUCUAGAUAUGAUCCGUUGUAUUCCUAAAACCCACCUGACCUACCCGCAGGGACAAAGGCAGGACAGAAAGGGCAUGAAGGGUCGUCAGGAGAGGCAACUGACGGUUCACCAGAAACUGAGUGAAAUGCGCCCCAACUGCCUAGGUUAAGAGAAGCAGGGUCACGUGCGUGGCAGUUGGAGGCGCCACGAGGAGCUAGCUAAUCGAUCCGUGAGGUCCCUGCGCAGGCACGACUCCCCGACGCCGGAAGCCCGGUCUACCCGCCAGCAGGGGCCGAGGCCGGGUAGACCGGGCCUCCGGCGUCGGGGAGACGUGAAGCUCACGCGCGAUGUGCGCAUGUGCAAAAGACUUACCAGAGCCUUUUGCACUGCGGAGGGGCAAGGGGCGGCAGGGAGGUAUCCUGCCGCCCCAAUUCUUACAAUAAAUACGAGCCCUGGAGGGGGACAAGUGGCGGGAGGGGCAAGUAAACCCUCCCCGCCCUUAAAGGAACCCCCUCCACAGUGCCGGACCCCAGCUGUGUGGUUCCGUGCACACCCCUAAUUCUGACUUGGGGGCUUGUCUCACAAUUGGGAAAAAUCAGGCUAGGAAAGCCUAGCCCAAUUUUUCCUGAUCAUAAGAACCAUCAGGCUCGGCUGCGAGCCUGGUGGUUCUUGAGUGGCUAACCCGCUCAAGUAGCCUGCCCCUUAGCCCGGGUUUGCGGAGUGAGCGCUCCGCAAACCUGGGCUAUCGGAUUGUGAGUAGCCACUGCGCGGCUCCGGGCCUGAUCCCAGUGGUACACACAUGCAGGCAAAAAUAUGCUGGGCUUCCUUAGCCCAGUUUUGCCUGUGCAUGUGAACAGCUUCACUAUUUUUUUGAGAUUGUUCUAUCCAUGAUAUUGGAAAAUCAUUUGCCUUUGUAUUAUUCGUUGCACCUCUUAAUACAAAGGAGUGAGAAGUAAAAUUCAGGAAAUGAGUGGAAGAAGACUGAGGAAGAAGAACUUUGUCAUACCUUAGAAGUUAUUUAUUUUCAAAUAUGGAGCCAUGGGUGCAAUCCAGAGAAAGUUAGACUUGCCUAAGAUCCAUUGAAAUCUGUGGGACAAGGAGACAAUUAAGCACUUAAGUCAUCUUUUUUUCAAUGGGACUCAAGGCCUCUCCCUGGAUUGUAUCCAUUGUUUCUUAGCCCAGGGGCUAAAAAAAGGGAAGCUCCUUGCAAGCAUUCUGCCAGCAUGAUGACUUUUCAAGAAUACUGGAUUGUGCAUUGACUACCCACACAUCAUGAAGUACACCAACACUUCUUGAAAGCUGGCACACCAUAUGAUCAGGUCAAGUUAGGAAUCAGCAAUGGCAGAUGAAAGGUCUAUUCAGGUUUCUGUUAGAUUUUAGCUGUGUAGUGCAUUGCUUAGUUCAUAUGCUUAGUUUGCUUUAUUUUUGUACUGGAGCCUCAUAUCAAAUAGGCCCAGCACUAUAAUUAUGUAAUAUAAAAUACUCAUCUUUGUCAUCGUUGCUGUAGUAAUGGUUUGCUGCACAGGAGUGUAUGCUCUCAACUGGCUUAUUUCUAAACAAGUGCAUGCUAAAAUGAUUUUACUGCACUUCCAUUUUUUAUAUUUACAACAUCACACACACACACACACACACACAGAGCUAUAGAUGCAUGUGAUCAUAAACUGCACUAUUGCCUGCUAAAAAAAUGUAUAAGUAAAAUUAUAAGGAAGGCUACACAAACACAUUUGGGAAUGCAUGUAGAGGGCCUCACAAGUAUUGGUCAAUUAAUAAUAAUACAGUAUUUUACAGUC